AUGUUGUCUACAGCUCGAUCCAAAGGUCUAACCCAGGUCCUUACCUCCACGUCCUCUGUCUCAAUUCCCUCAUUUCUCCUACCCGCCUUUCCCAUCGCCUCACGAUCCUUCUCGGCAUCAACAUGUCGAAACUCUCACAUUGGAAGCACACCGUUAUCGAUUCCCCCAGAGGUUACUUUCACAGUUAUCCCACCACCGCCGCCGACGAAAGGAUCGGCCGUGGCAGGGAAACCAAUUGUUAAGAUUGAGGGACCGUUAGGAAAAAUGUCAAUGUCCAUCGAACCAUUUAUUAAAAUCGAGCAUGAUGUCAAUACACGGAAAGCAAUUGUCAGAGUGGAGGAUAGAGAAGUCAAGAACCAAAGAGCGAUGUGGGGAACUACUCGCGCCUAUCUCCAAAAUCACAUCCUCGGUGUGUCCGAAGGUCACAGUGCUAUUCUCCGUCUAGUCGGUGUCGGAUACCGUGCCACUGUUGAGCCAGCCUCCAACGUAACUACCAAAACCCCCGAGUUCGAAGGCCAACAAUUCGUUGUCCUAAAAGUAGGGUACUCUCAUCCUAUCGAAUUACCCGUUCCAAGAUUUGUGAAAGCGAGCACACCACAACCUACACGUAUAUUGUUAGAAGGACCAGAGAAGGAAGUUGUAUUACUUUUCGCUGCGCAAAUUAGAAAGUGGAGAGUUCCAGAACCGUAUAAGGGGAAGGGAAUCUUUGUCAAUGGAGAGGAGAUUAAGUUGAAGAAUAAGAAGAUUAAGUAG